CUACUUCCAUGUGCUCCAAGAUGGAGCAGCCUUUCUACCAUGAUGACUCCCUGCUUUCUGCCUACUCCCGCACUGACUCGGGACUCCUUAAAGGGACCCUGGGGCAUCUAGCCGAGACCUACCGGCUCCCCAAACAUGACAUGUCCUACUACCCUACUCAGGACUCCUCAUCCCACCACACAGCCCCUGGCAGCUUAAAGAUGGCUGCCCCGGAGCUGGAGAGACUGAUCAUCCACAGCGGACCCGGUGUCCUCAAUGGUAGCAAUGGGGGGCAGCUCUACUACGCCCCCCGAGGAGGAGGAGGCGGCGGCAUUACCGAGGACCAGGAAGGCUUCGUGGAUGGGUUUGUCAAGGCGCUCGAUGACCUGCACAAGAUGAACCGGGAUGUUCCCCCAAACGUGUCCCUGGGAGGCAGCUCCGGGCCCAUGGCUGGUACAGGUUCCUCGCCCCCCGCCGGUAUCUACAGCGAUGCCGCGGUGUAUGCCAACCUGACCAGCUACCACCAGAGCUGCUACAGACAGCCCUCUGCCACCAUCAACUACCUACCCCAGGGCCACGGGGACUACGGGGCAUCGCCCUUCAAGGAAGAGCCACAGACUGUCCCCGAUGCCGGGGGUGUGAGGGCCGAUAGCAGGGAGAGCACCCCGACGCCCCUCUCCCCCAUCAACAUGGAGGAGCAGGAGAAGAUCAAGGUGGAGAGGAAGAGGUUAAGGAACCGCCUGGCAGCCACCAAAUGCCGCAGGCGGAAGCUGGAGCGGAUCGCCAGGCUGGAGGAUAAGGUCCGGGAGCUGAAGAAUGAGAACAGCGGCCUCAGCGGCACGGCCGGGGCCCUCCGGGAGCAGGUGGAGCAGCUGAAGAUCCGGGUGAGGGAGCACGCCAGGCACGGCUGCCAGCUUCUACUGGGGAGCAAGGGCCACCAGGUCUUCUGAUGCCGGAGACGCGUCUGAUUCGCCUUCUUCUGCUUCACCUGAGUCAAGGCCGGCAUCUUCUAGGUCAAUCUGAGGGACCUCAUGGUGGCUAAAGAGAAAAGGGGGUGCCCGACAGAGGCACCUGCAGGCGGGGGGAGACCAGCUGUGACUUUCUGAGCUUUUUGGCUCUUCCUGGAACCCUUCCAUCCUCUCCCCCCUACUGCCUCCAUGUAUUACUGCUGCUCAAACCCCCCAAUAGCGGGG